AUGAAAGAAGAACUAGCUGCUAAAGAACCGAGAUUGGUCAAUCGCUCUAGGCCAGUGCUGUUUCACGACAACGCAAGACCAUACACUGCACAACAAACAACCACUAAGUUAGAUGAGCUACAAUUGGUAUAUCUGCGACAUCCACCGUACUCCUCGGACCUUGCUCCAACAGAUUACCAUUUUUCCCGGAAUUUGGACAACUUCUUACAAGGAAAAAAAUUCAACUCCGAUGCGGCAGUCCAAACCACCUUUGAAGAGUUUAUCGAUUCUCCCCCACAUGGUUUUUUAGUAAAGGGAAAAAUGAACUACCUGUGA